AUGGCCGCUCAAAGCUCUCAAUUUCAAGAAGAGACUCGAAGUAAUUUAAAAAACACAGGUGCUUCAAUUAAGAAUCUUGAAAUACAAAUGAGUCAGAUAGCACAACAACUAGCGGGUUCUCCACAACAGGGAGUUUUACCAAGUUCUACGGUUACUAAUCCAAGAGAAAAUUAUCAUGUGAAUGCGGUGACCACCAGGAAUGGUAAGUCAAAAGAAAUACCUGAGAAGAGUUCUGAAGAAGAAGACUUAUUGCUUGAAGUUGAUCUAGAGAUAAAAGAAAAUGAGGUUGCAAAUGAAGAGGUCACUCAUGAUGAACGAGUGGUUAAAGAUAAAGUGAAUGAUCAAAAACCGGCCGUCAAACUGCCAUUCCCAACAAGAAAUAAGAAGAAAGGGCAGCAUGAGAAAAACUUUGAGAAGUUCUUGGAAAUGUUUAAAAAGCUUGAGCUAAACAUUCCUUUCUUGGAGGCGCUUGAGCAAAUGCCUACCUACGCAAAGUUCAUGAAAGACAUCAUCUCGAAGAAGCGGACCAUAGAAACUAACCCGAUUAUUCUAACGGAAACUUGUAAUGCCAUUUUGCAGGGUAUGAAGGUUCCGGUGAAAAAGAAGGAUCGAGGUUCUCUGACCAUUCUGUGUGCCAUUGGAGAUAGAUCCUUCAAGAAAGCUCUAAUUGAUUUGGGAGCGAGUGUAAGUCUGAUGCCGCUGUCUAUCUAUAAGAAGUUGGGGAUAGAUGAAGAGAUACCAAUCAUUUUGGGGAGACCAUUUUUAGAGACCGGGAGAUGUUUGAUCGACAUAGAAGAAGGCACGAUGACUUUGAAAGUGUAUGAUGAAGAGUUAAAAAUUGAUGUGCGAAACACCAUGAAGUACAAGGAUGAGGUUGCUACUAGCCAACAUAUUGAGACAAUCGAUCAAAUAUGUGAAAAGAAAAAUUGCUUGACAACACAAAAAUUUCCCUUGGAAAGGGUGUUGAGCUUAUCAAUUUUUAACAAAGAGGAAGUAGUUAACGAGAAAGAUAUGGAAGUUUUAGCCAUGACGGAAGCAUCACCACCUUUUAAAGGUUAUCGACACAACCGGUGGAAAGAUUUAAGGCAACCCUUAGUGGAAGAAAAGAAAGAUGAACAAAGAAGGGAACCGAAUUGA